GCAUCUACACCUCACGUCAUGUUCGGUUUGAGGAAUCCCUUCUUCCUGGCCUCCCUUCCCCUUCCCCUAAUAAUUAUGAUUCCCCCACUUGGAUUGGCUUCACCUCGCCUCCUGUUACCAUUUUUCAGCUGCCAAAAAUUCCCCCUAGGCCUCCCUCGCCCGCCCAGCACUCUCCCUCGUCACCUGCUCAUGGACGCCCCCAGGUCUCUCCAGCUGCUGCGCCUCCAACCGCUUCCUCCUCCCAACAAAUUCAACCGCCAGCACCACCAGCCAAGGCUCCUCGCCGCCCGCUAACCCGAAGUCAGCAUGGGAUUUUUCGACCCAAAAAAUUAUUUGUUUCGCAGGUGACGCAUCCCACUAUACCAAGUUCCGUCAAGGAGGCUCUCACCGAUCCGCGAUGGAAUGCCGCCAUGCGUGCCGAAGUUCAGGCCCUGCUGUCCAAUCAUACUUGGACCCUCGUACCUCGUCCAUUGUCCCACAACAUUGUGGCCUGCCGCUGGAUCUUUCGCAUUAAAUGGAAUCCUGACGGCUCCAUUAAUCGCUUUAAGGCCCGACUCGUCGCUAAGGGCUUCACCCAGCGUCCGGGCAUUGAUUUCCACGACACAUUCAGUCCGGUGCUCAAGCCGGUCACGAUCCGCACAGUGUUUACUAUCGCCCUUGCUCAUCAGUGGCCUAUCUUACAGUUCGAUGUGAAUAACGCAUUUCUGCAGGGCUCUCUCAAUGAAACAGUGUACAUGGCUCAGCCUCCGGGUUUCCGUGACCCUCACCAUCCUGACUACGUGUGCUGCCUCUCCCGAGCAAUCUAUGGGCUCCGUCAGGCACCCCGAUCUUGGUAUAUGGCUUUAUCCAGUUUUCUUGAACAUGAGGGGUUCAUCAAGUCCAAAUCCGACGCAUCCUUGUUCAUCUAUCACAAAGAGGGCGUCACUAUGUAUUUUUUGGUGUAUGUGGAUGAUCUUCUCCUCACCGGCAACCAUGGUCCCUCUCUGGCACGUUUUCAGGACCGCUUGGCUGCCCGGUUUUCUCUUAAAAGUCUUGGCCAGGUUGGAUACUUUCUGGGUAUUGAGGUUCAGCCGUCAUCCACUGGGUAUUUCCUGACCCAACAUAAAUAUGUCCUGGACAUUCUUCAACGCUUCAACAUGGCCGACUCUCAUCCCGCGCCCACUCCAUUAUCGGCCACUGCAAAGCUCUCUCUCGUUGAUGGCUCCCCACCCGCCGAUGCCACUCUCUACAAACAGGUGCUUGGUUCCCUUCAGUAUCUACUGUGUACCCGCCCGGACAUCGCCUUUGCUGUUAACAAGCUGUCACAGUUCAUGCAUGCUCCUACUCAACUUCAUUGGCAGCAUGUUAAACGCCUUCUCCGAUAUCUCUGCGGUACCGCCUCCCUUGGUCUUCGUCUCUCCCCGCCUACCACCUCGACUCUCGUUGCCUUCGCCGACUCUGAUUGGGCCGGUGACCCUGACGAUCGUACGUCCACAAUGGCCUAUCUUAUCUACUAUGGUGGCAAUCUCAUCUCCUGGAAAUCCAAAAAGCAACGAUCGGUCGCCCGCUCCAGCACUGAAGCUGAAUAUCGUGCGCUUGCUCACGCCACAUCCGAGCUCUUGUGGGUCCAAAAUCUCCUCAUCGAACUUCAUCAACCUGUCUCCUCCCCACCGACGCUCUACUGCGACAAUCUCGGCGCUGUCAACUUCUCAGCCAAUCCUAUUCAUCACUCCCGUAUGAAGCAUCUUGCUCUUGAUUUCCUAUUUGUUCGUGAUCUUGUGCAGUCGGCUUCCCUUCAUGUUCGUCACAUUCCCACUGCUCAUCAGCUUGCUGAUUCCUUGACGAAGCCACUUCCCAUCACUCGCUUCCAGCUCCCUCGUUCCAAGAUUGGUGUCGUACCCUCCUCCAUCUUGCGGGGGCGUGUUAAGGAUAUUACUUUAGAUUAAUUAUUUCUGCUCAUUAUCGUGCAUAGUGGCUUGUAUAGUGGAGAGAUAGUUAGCUGAUUUGUAGCUACGUGUGUACCCUUUCUGUUUUAGAGUUGGUAUUAAAUACCACUCUCAUAACCAAUAAUAAAUCAGAUCAUCACAG